CUGGCUGGUAACAGGAGAAAACUGCCUCUCCCUCCAGCCAUCUAUCAGCUGCCUCUCUGUAGGCUAAAGCCAGGUAGCAGACUAGAAGGACAGGCUGGGUGUAUACUGCAACACGGUGGAGUACAGAGUUGCUACGUUUGAGAGUCGGUUUACAUAGUCAGUGCAAAUACCGUGUGGAGUAGAGAGGAGCUCAGUGGGAGUGGGAGAGACGCUUCACCACUCUAGACCAUGAACAUGGAGCAUCGGAGGUUCUCCCUCGACAGCUCAGUGUCCCUGAAGAAUGGUGGUGGAGGAGGCAGUCUGGGCCUGAGGAGAGGGAGCCGCAGUAAGAAGAGCAAAGACAAGCGGAAGAGUCUAGAGGAGGCCCAGCUGGAGAUCCCGGAGCUGGGACACAGCCUGAACAGGAGCAACUCUCUCAGGUCAGAGACCAUAGAGGAGGAGAGCUUCCACCCGCCUGAUGGCGCCGUUGCCAAAAAUAGUUUUGUGAAAUACAACAAAGCCUUCCACAAAUUCUUCCGAGACAUUCCCACAGAGGAGAAACUAACUCAUGUGUUCACCUGUGCCCUGCAGAAGGAGGUGUUGUAUCAUGGGAAGCUAUUUGUGUCUGUCAACUACGUAUGUUUUUACUCGUCCGUACUCCUCAAGGACACCAAGGUUGAGGUCCAUGUGUCCAGCGUAAAGGAAGUGAAGAAGCAGAACUCAGCCCUGUCUAUGCUCUCCAUCCGUACUACUGAUGGAAACAAGUAUUCGUUUGUGUCUUUGCGGAACCGGAGAGUGUGUUAUGAAAUCCUGCAGUCUGUGUGUUCACAAGCGCAGCUGGGGGAGCAGGUGGAGAAUGGCAACAGCAGUCCCCACUUCUCAGGAGAGAACGGCGUUGAUGGCGUGGAUCGGGAAAUAGACACAAUCUCCAGCAGUUCCAGCCGGGAGGACAGUGUGGAGCGGAGCGUUCCUAUAGAGGCCGUCUACUCUGACCUGCCCAGCAGCGCUGACUCGUGGGUUUGGAUCGUCACUGAAAGGGUUAAAACCCUCCUCCUUAUCAGAGAUAUGCGCAACCUCAAUGUCCUCCUAUCCAUCUGUCUGAUUCUGGCGGUGUUGCUAAUACUGUCAUCGGGGUACAUCGGUUUGCGGAUCAUAGCUCUGGAGGAGCAGCUGAGUUCUCUAGGGGCCCUGCCGGAGUUCUCCAUGCACCUCAGAGAGGAACAGGAAACAACCUGAAGAGACCUACAGCCAGGGAGGAUUGGCCAUUUGGAUAGUCUGGCAAAGACCAGACGGGCUGGACCAUUUUUUUGUUGGGUGGGCUGGUCGAAAAUUUACACUUUUUUUAAACACAGAAAAAGGUGACAUGGCCAGCGGCCUAUGAGCUUGUUAAGAUAGAAAUUGUUUAAAAAAUAAUUUAAAAAAUCUGUUAUGCUAAUAUACCUGGAGUAUACAAAACAUUAAGCUGGACCGGCCUGGUUUUCUGCUUGGCUGAGGUCACACAAACUCACAUUGAAAGUCAAACACAGCAUCAGCAAAUAUGACCUGCUUCAACUCUGACAUCAGUUAGACAGCCAAGAUCAUGGAUCAUAAGAAAAGGGUGCCUGUAAAUGUAGAAAGAGCAUAUUCUACAUUGUCACUUCACUGAAAAACAUCCUAAUUUGGGGACAGCUAAAGAAAUGAUCUUGCCAAACAGUGAAGUGCAUUAUCCUCAUGAUUCCUGUAAUGAAAGUGUCUUGCAUGUGCCCUCGCUGGGGCCUACUGCUGUGGUGAGCGAGCCACUCUCCUCUCCUUCCAUGCACUCGAGAGAAACAUUUAUUCUGAUCAUAUAACAUUUCAAAAUGAAAUUGCGGGAAGAAAACACAGCUUUGGAAGCUUCAUCCAAUUAUCCCUGUUGAAGAGAGGAGGGUUUCAGCUUUCUGUCGGUAUAAUCUUUAUUUCUCAACUCUCAUUAGCAACUAUUUUACAAUCAAGACAUUUUCUAUGGCUUUGAGAUAUGGAGUGGAGUGUGCUCAAAACAUGCACCAGCAUAGGCCUCAUGGGUAGUAGCCUACAACUGAACGGUUUUACGGUUGGAUGAAUACAUGGCUACUAGCAGUGGGUAUCACAGGCGGCUGGUGGCACCUUAAUUGUGGAAGACGGCUCAUAGUAAUGGCUACAACAGAGUUAAUGGAAUGGUAUCAAACACAUCAAAAACAUUGUUUCCAAGUGCUUGAUACCAUUCCAUUUACACCAUUCCAGCCAUCUUUGAGUCAUCCUCCCCUCACUAGCCUCCGGUGGUGGGUAAUAUAUUUAGAGUUUGAUCUAAUUAAUGUGUUUUGAGUUUCCACUUCCUCAGGUUGAACCACAAAUUAAUUAGCCUAUGAUUUUAGGUAGUGCACAUAAAACAUGUAAUUCAUCUUUCUGGAACAAAAAAAAAUGAAUAUGGAUAUUCUGGAAUCCUAUUUUGACAGUAAAAUAGCAACUAUAGUCUAAUUGUCAACCCAAAAUUCAUGUGCAAAUCCAGUGAUUGUCAUCAAAAUAUCUUGAAUCAUGCUUAGACAUGUUUCUUGAGCUAGUGGCGUGCGCAGUGGUGGGCCAAUGUGAAUAAAAUGGCAGAGGCAAAUUAUUUUCUCAGUCCUCCCCUGCCUACAGUAGGAAGACUAAAUACGAAGGCCACAGUACAACAAACUACAGUAUAUAAAGGGUCUCAAUUAAAAUGUAAUCUCAUGAGCUGGGCAAUUGUUAAUAUAUAUUUGUGGGUCCCCUGAUCAUUUGAGGAGACAGAUCUCUAAAACCUCAAAUAUGGAAAACCUUGACUUCACACAAAGCAGCUUUUUUUGUUUGUUGCUAGCCUAUAUUUCAUAGGAUAUAUUGUUUUGUUUGUUGCUAGCCUAUAUUUCAUAGGAUAUCUUUUUUUUUUUAAUCAGUCAGUCCACUCCUAAAAUCUAUUUGUUUUACAGCACUAUUCGUUGGUCUCAGCUUAACUGGUAAUGAAUAUGUUGUUCUCUUUGUAAAGGAAUAAUGUAAGUCAGAAGUGACUUUAAUCUGAAAUUUGCUGGCAAAUGAAAUUAUUUAAUGACAACUUUUACUUAAUAGAAUGACUCCAUGGCAUAUCUGUCAGUAGCACUAACAGGCCAGCAGGGGGCACUCUCCCCUCAAAACCAAGAGCAAUGAAACAGAAAUACUGUACACCAUGAUUAGUACUAUAUCAAUCAGUGUAGUAUACUUUCAAUGUAUACAAGUGUAUUUAAAAUAAGCUACCAAUAAGCCAUUCAAAAAAAAUAUUCAACACAGUUCUUGAAUGUCUGUAAAUAAAAAAUAUUUUGAUAGUUCAUACACAAGGCACUGUAAUUAGAGGCAAGAAAAAGUAUGUCAACCCUUUGAAGUUACCUGGAUUUCUGCAUAGAUUUUACAUAUUUGACAACAAUAGACAAACACAGUGUGCUUAAACUAAUAACAUUGUAUUUGAAUACAUAAUUUAAACAUUCAGUUUAUGUUGGGAGAAGUAUGUGAACCACUAGGCUAAUGACUUCUCCAAAAGCUAAUUGGAGUCAGCUUACCUGGAGUCCAUUCAAUGAGACGAGUUUGGAGAUGUUGGUUUAAGCUACCCUGCCCUAUAAAAAUCUCACAAAAUGAGAUUUUGAUAUUCACCAGAAGCAUUGCCUUAUGUGAACCAUGCCUCAAACAAAAGAGAUUUCAGAAGACCAAAGUUUGUUGACUUGCAUAAAGCUGGAAAAGGUUACAAAAGUAUCUCUAAAAGCCUUGAUGUUCAUCAGUCCACGGUAAGACCAACUCUAUAUAUGGAGAAAGUUCAGCACUGUUGCUACUCUCCCUAGGAGUGGUCAUCCUGCAAAGAUGACUGCAAGAGCACAGCGCAGAAAGCUCAAUGAGGUUAAGAAGAAUCCUAGAGUGUCAGCUAAAGACUUACAGAAACCUCUGGAAGAUGCUUAAAUCUCUGUUGACGAGUGUACAAUACAUAAAACACUAAACAAGGAUGAUGUUCAUGGGAGGACACCAUGGAAGAAGCCACAGCUGUCCAAAAACAACAACAUUGCUGUAUGUCUGAAGUUAGCAAAAGUAUACCUGGAUGUUCCACAGCGCUACUGGCUAAAUAUUCUGCGCAGAUUAAACUAAAGUUGAGUUGUUUGGAAGGAACACAACACUGUGGGAGAAAAAAAAGGCACAGCAACAUCAAAAUCCCCAACUGUAAAGUAUGGUGGAGGGACCAUCAUGGUGUGGGGCUGCCUCAGGGCCUGGACAACUUGCUAUCAGACGGAAAAAUGAAUUCCCAAGUUUAUCAAGACAUUUCGCAGAAGAAUGUAAGUCUAUCUGUCCGCCAAUUGAAGCUCAACAGAAGUUGGGUGAUGCAACAGGACAACAACCUAUUAGACAGAUGUAAAUCAACAACAAUGGCUUGAACAGAAGAAAAUACGCCUUCUGGAGUCGCCCAGUCAGCGCUGACCUCAAUCCGAUUGAGAUUUUAUUUAUUUAUUUCACCUUUAUUUAAUCAGGUAGGCAAGUUGCGAACAAGUUCUCAUUUACAAUUGCGACCUGGCCAAGAUAAAGCAAAGCAGUUCGACACAUACAACGACAGAGUUACACAUGGAGUAACAAACAUACAGCCAAUAAUACAGUAGAAACAAGUCUAUAUACGAUGUGAGAUAAGGGAGGUAAGGCAAAAAAAGGCCAUGGUGGCAAAGUAAAUACAAUAUAGCAAGUAAAACACUGGAAUGGUAGAUUUGCAAUGGAAGAAUGUGCAAAAUAGAAAUUUAAAUAAUGGGGUGCAAAGGAGCAAAAUAAAUAAAUAAAAUACAGUAGGGAAAGAGGUAGUUGUUUGGGCUAAAUUAUAGGCUAUGUACAGGUGCAGUAAUCUGUGAGUUGCUCUGACAGUUGGUGCUUAAAGCUAGUGAGGGAGAUAAGGGUUUCCAGUUUCAAAGAUUUUUGAGAUGCUGUGGCAUGACCUCAAGAGAGCGGGUCACACCAGACAUCCCAAGAAUAUUGUGGAACCGAAACAGUUUUGUAAAAAGGAAUGGUCCAAAAUUCCUCCUGACCGUUGUGCAGGUCUGAUCCGCAACUACAGAAAACAUUUGGUUGAGGUUAUUGCUGCCAAAGGAGGGUCAACCUGUUAUUAAAUUCAAGGGUUCACAUACUUUUUCCAACCUGCAAUGUGAAUGUUUACAUGGUAUGAUCAAUAAAGAGAUGAAGAAUUAUAAUUGUUUAAGCAGACUGUGUUUGUCUAUGGUUGUGACUUGAAGAUCAGAUACAAUUUUAUGACCAAUUUAUGCAGAAAUCCAGGUAAUUUUAAAGGGUUCAUACUUUCUUUCCAUUGUACUAAAUGGAUUCACAAAUUCUGUAAUUUGCUUUUACAACAGAAUCAACAACACAAGUUUAUAUUUUUGUACAUAAUUGUUUAUUGUUUUUCCACCAUUGUCAAUAAAAAGGUCAAGAUUCAGUCCCCUGAAUUAAUGACAUUACAUCAUA